AUAUAUAUAUAUAAACAUUGCAUUGCUGCUUGUCUUUCACAAUAUCACUCACUCACUCUUUCUUUCACUAGCUAUGCCUGAUAGAUCAACCACAGGUACACAAACCAAUAAUGCUGAUUCAUUCAAAACCUUCCUGGAAGGCUGGAUGGUCCGCCAAGAACACUACCUUGAUGAGCUUCUCUCAGCUCAGCAACACUGCCAUGACAUGCAAGACGAGGACAUCAAAGAACUAUGUUCACGUAUGCUCGCCCAUUACCAAGAAUACUACGAAGCCAAGUCAAGAAUAGCUCAAAGGGAUGUCUUCCUUGCUUUCUCUCCCACGUGGCUAACCUCGUUCGAGCGAACCUUCCUCUGGAUAGCUGGGUUUAAGCCCGGAAUAGUCUUCAGAAUUGUCACCAACUCGGUGCUUGACAUGUCCGAAGACCAAACACAGAGAAUGAAUAGGUUGUUGGAGGAGACUAAGUUGGAGGAACGUGCACUUAACGAUGAGCUAGCGAAGGUUCAUGAAAGCGUGGCGGGUCCAACAAUGUUGGAGGCCGCAAGACGUAGCGGGAGGUUAGUGGACGGUGCAGCGAGUGAAGAGGAAACGGCUACGGCUACGUUGAGAGUGGCAUUGGAGAGUGUGGUGGCGAAUGCUGAUUCGUUGAGGAUGAGGACAGCGAUGAAGGUGGUGGAGAUACUGAGGCCAGCUCAGAAGGUGAGGUUUUUGGCUGGGGCGGCUCAGCUUCAGCUAAAGAUCAGGAGCUGGGGAUUGCAGAGACAAGAAGGUGAAAGACAAGAAUCAACUAUCAAGUGAUAAUGAAUGGUAGGUUUUAAAUUGAGCAAUACUAGGUACACAUAAUUUGACAUAACUUUGUGUUCAACUCGCCCCGUGUAAUUGGUAAAAGUAUGAGGUGUGUAGGUACUAGCUAGCUAGGUAGAAUUUGAUAUUAUUGAUAAAUGUUGACAGUAGAGUUCUAUGAUCUAUGGUGGUCUGGUUGGGGCUGCAUUUUUGUCAAUCAACGGUGAUCUAUCAUCUAAGACAACCAUAUGCUUUAUCCACUAUGGAUAAAGAAAUAAAUAAAAAGAAAGGAAGAAGAAGACAAUGAAGCUUAGAUCAAAUAAGACUCUAGGAUCAAUGUUAUUUGGGAUUUGGAAAGACAGAAUGUGUUAUUUUCUACCAUGCUAGUGUAUUAAUUUAAUGGCAGAUAAGGAAGAAAAUCUGCAUUGGCAUGAGGCUGCA